AUGUCAGCACUCUACAAACUGGCGGCAGUCAACAAUGGCCCCGAGACCAGCUGGGACGACAACCACAUGAGACUCCUUGCUCGUCUGACCGACGAGGAAAUCGAAAUCCUCCAACUUCCCUCGCCCAAGUGUUCGGCCAAACGCAUCUCGGCCGAGCUGUGCCAGACGCCAGCGCAAAAAGACCGCGUCAUGAGUCCUCCCUGGCGACUCGGCAUCUGCGCCAUGGAAGACAAGGCGCUCAGCAAGGCCAACCAGGAGAUAUUCCGUCGCCUACAGAUCGACGGUCUUAUCGAAGUGGUCCUGUUCGGCGACAAGACGCUAUUGAGCAAGAAGCCGGAGGAAUGGCCCGUAUGUGAUUUCCUGGUCGCAUUUUACUCGGAUGGGUUUCCCCUCGAGAAGGUCGUCUCGUACACGAGACUCCGCUCGCCGUUCUGCUAUAAUGACUUGCUUAUGCAGGGUGUGCUCUUUGAUCGUCGCCUCUGUAAUAGAGUCUUGGAUCACCUGGGUGUGCGGACUCCGAAGCGCCUUGAGGUGAACCGUGACGGUGGUCCCAGGGCUCAUGAUUGGGGUCUCGUUCAGCACGUGUAUGAUCGGAUUGGGCUGGGAAUACCUGGUCCUGCGGAAGGAGAGGCAGCCCGUGAACGAUCCCAUGCACCGAGCGUGUCUCUUUCGGACGACGGGAACACGCUCCUAGUGGACGGCCGAACGCUCCACAAGCCCUUUGUGGAGAAGCCCGUCAGUGCGGAGGACCACAACAUCUACAUCUACUUCCCAACAACUCCCCAGGGUACCGGCGGUGGGAGAAGACUGUUUCGGAAAGUGGGCAACAAGUGCUCCGAAUACGACCCUGACUUGGUCGUGCCCCGGUGUAUUACCGAGCAGGGGAUGACCAGUAGCUACGUGUACGAGCCGCUCCUGAACGCCGACAAUGGAGAGGAUGUCAAAGCCUACGCAGUGGGCCCCAGUACUGUUUUGCGUGGCAAGGAGGUAAGACUACCCACCGAGGUGAGCAAGGAGGAGGCAGACGCGGCCGCCAAGAUCUCAACAGGAUUUGGUCAGUCUGUCUGUGGGUUUGACAUCGUGCGCAAUAAAGGCAAGAGCUACGUGAUUGACGUAAAUGGUUGGACCUCGGUGAAAAAUCAGCCUAGCUUCUACGGUCAAUGCGCCGAUAUCCUGCAGCAAAUGCUUAUGUCUCGUGUUGCUCAUGGGAUUGCUAAGAACUGA